AUGAUUGCUCUUCUAUUCGCCGCCUGCCUUCUCUCCGUGGUAACAGUUGAGGGUGAGUUGUGCAUUUAAUUUUUUGUAUCGAACCCCCCAACAUCACCUCGCGCAGCCUUAAAUUCACAAAUUCGGUCACCAGUUUACGGUUAUUUAACCUCAUAGAUGAUCUGCAUGACGUUAUGCCAGACAUGUUUAUGCGUACCCGAAUGAGACGCCGCAACGCCCCUUAGAAACUAUUAAAGUGGUGGAGCAGCGUUCAGCCCUAACCCGCCUCAGGCACGCAACGCCUUAAUCUCCCCCUCGUCAAAAAAUCUAUCAGGUGCACUGGUCUAAGCAUUCAGAAAACUCGCAAAGCGGCUGACUUUAGUCGAUUUUGGAGACAAAAUGUAUUCGUGAGUGCUACUGACUGGACCAUCGUCAUUCUGUUGGCCAGCGGUGACGAGCAUUCUACUGUGAACGCAACUCAGCAUUUGCAUUGCGUCUCACUGCCAGUGCACACUGGUGGCACAUAAGGCGCCGGCAUAACUGAAGGGACAGCCAUCAUUUAACCCUGUUUGUUUUGAGGCAAAACCUGAAAGGCCUUCACUUCCUCCUCUCUCUCUCUCUCAUCACAUCACAUCCAACAUCUUCAAGCGUCUCCAGCUGAGACGCCCCAACAGCGCACUUGUACUCACCGGCCAGCCUGUUAUUUCGCCCUAACUUCCACUUAGAAACUAGUGCACAAAUGCUGAAUGGAGAUCCGAGUUUAAUCCUAACCCACCACAUGCAUUCUUUCUCCUCUUCAGGAUGGGUGCACCCCUGCUACAUGCCUAUCCUGACUGGCAGGUGCAGAGCGCGGAUGCCAAUGUAUGCCUUCAAUCCUCAGUUGGGCGCCUGUGUGGAAUUCGUGUAUGGCGGCUGCGGUGGCAAUUAUAAUCGCUUCGAGACCAAGGAGGAGUGUGAGGCGAUCUGUGGUGGAUUCCGUCAUCAAAUGUAG